UGAUCUAUAAGGCGAUAUCAUCAUAUGGCUGAUGUUUAUUUUUAUUUAGGAAAAUAACAUCGUAUACUGUGGCGAAGACGAUAUAGUGAGAAGUUUGAUGUAAAUAAGUGCAUGGUGUCUAGCAGAUCAAGAUGGACAGAUAUCUAAUAAUGCUGUUUGUUUCUCUGGAACAAGAGAAAGCCAUAAAGCAGUUAUUCCAAGACCAAGGUUGGAAAUAUGAAAAACCAGGGCGAGAAGGUUAAAGUGAAAGGCGAGUGGAUUGUCAGGCUCGCCCUGCAGGAUUUACAGACUACAACAGAUAGGCUAGGGCCUCUGGAUGGUCCAUGUAACUGUGAAGCUGAUGGGGAUGUGAAUGUGUUGUACAGAACUCAACAACCUACAUGGGCAACCAGAAAAAAGACCUCUAUCAAAAUAGAACCCACUCAUCCAGUUCAUUACGUGAAACCAAAGCUUUCACCUUGCAAAAGGAAAUCCCAACAGCAAGAGUCUGUGAUUGAGAACAUUGACAAAGGUGCUGAUACCACAGAUGAUGGUGAUGAUGAUGACGACUUUGUUGAUCAGCCAAUUGUUACUGAUACUGUUAGCCUAACAGACUAUGAAAAUCCAGUGGAAGCAGUUAUAUCAGAUAUGCAACCUGUUACUGUUAAAGCUGAUGGGACAGACUGUAGCCCUGCCGACCAACCUGUGGUUGAAAACACAGAAGCAGAUGUAGCAGAAGUGUCGCAAAAGUCUUCGGUGCAUGGGUCAUUGCUUAAGAUCGAAUCAUAUCAACAAGCAUGGCCAAGUUGCUGCUCUGAAGCCACAGCAAGCUUUGAACAAAGCAUUUCUGAUCAGGAGAUCGACGAAAUCGACGAAGAAAUGGAAGGAGACUUUGAAAGCACUGAUAACACUUACAACCUCACUUGUCAUGAAGGGAGAGAUACUCCAGUCAAGAAGGCAUCCAAGUCAUUUAAGGAAGUGAAGUCUUCGGUUCGGCCGAGAAAAAGGAUGUACCAGUGUGACAAGUGUGAGGUUUCAGUGUCGUACUUGGAGUCCCUGAAGAUGCAUGAAGAAGUGUUCCAUGGGGUUGUGUACCAAGGUGAGAAGGCGGAUCAGUGUGAAGUGUGUGAAAUGAGGUUUCACACCCGCCAUCACUUAGACCUCCAUGUGAAAGUUAACCAUGAUAACGGUGUUGUGAAUAAUCAAGAAAAAUCUUACCGUUGUGAGAUGUGUAAAAGAUCCUUUGAGACUAUAGCUGGCUUAGAAGAACAUUUAAAUACACACAAAGGGCAAAUGUUUAUUUGUAGUAUUUGUGGACAGUAUUUCAGUCGCUCUUACUCUUUGAAACUACACAAAAAAUCUGUACAUUUGGGUCUGAAAAGUACGAAAAUAUCCGACAAAAUGCUUCCAAAACGAUACUUCUGUAAUUUCUGUGGUCACGGGUUCAAGAGAUCUCAAAAUCUUGAAGAUCACAUAGCCGUAAAGCAUGACAGGUCAUUGCUGAAGUAUUCAUGUGACCAGUGUCCAGAACGGUUUGUUCGUCCGCACAGCCUCGAAUACCAUGUUAACAGAGUGCAUAACAAAAAAAGGCCGUAUCAAUGUAAGAAUUGUAAGCGAGACUUCUACUCAAAGGUUGCCAUGUCCAAACACGUAGUGAUGUGUACAAAAAAUGAAAGCGAGCAGUUUGCGUGUGAGGAAUGCGGACAGCUUUUCAAAACAUCUCAGAACUUAAACAUGCACAGAGAAGCUAUGCAUUCUAAGAAUCUUCUAACCUGUGAGUGUGGAACUGUUGUACGCUGGAGGUCUUCCAUGGCCAAGCACCUAAGAAAAUGUCGACUCAAUCCAGAAAACUCUGAUAUAAAUGCAAAGGCAGGAUUAAAACAAAAUCAAUCAAAAAAUAGCUUUGUGUUGAAUGAUGUAAAUGCUCAGUUAAGGGACACUGUUCUGCAUGAAUUCACAUUCAAAAGCAUGUCAAAUACAUCAAAUUUUAAUGAUACUUCUGGUGGAACAAGUUCAGAACUUGGUGUGUCUGAAACAGUUGUGGAAGAAUUACCGGCAGACAUUGUAGCUGAUGUAGGCCAUCUGGAGACCAUAGCUGUAAAACAAGCUGAUGGCUCAAAUGUGUUUUACAUGAUUCUGCAGAAGUAAAUUCUUGGGAACCCUAAAAUUGAAAAUUAAGUUUUUAAUUACUGUUUUAAUGAUAGCACUAGGCUGAUGGCGACAAAUCAUGUUGAACCAUGUUUCUUAAAACAAAUGUGUCAAUGUU